AGGAUGUUAGAGGCGAUAACCUCCACGGCCUGGUUAUUCAUUAGCAAAAAGGAAAGCUCGGGGGAGCGCAGGGCUGGUGCAGCUGCAGGCUUGAAGCAGGGUGAGAGCAGCUGGAGCAGGCCAGGCCGGAAGAUUUUGCCGGGAGUUAGGAUCAGUCCUUCUCUAACUUUUUCUUGGGACAGAGGGAGAGGCGGCUGUUCUUUGUUCUCAGAUGUCCCUCUAAAUAAAACCCUUUUUAUUUUUGUUAUUGUUGGGGGCCCAAGCAGUCAGGAAGAAGCACCUUCCCACUGGACCUCCUGCCCAGUCCCCUCUUAAUUUUGCCCCGGGGCAGCAGCUACAAACAGAAAGGCAGCUGUGAGUGUGUCUUGGCCAAGCCCAGAUCUGCUGGAGAGAUCCGAAGCAGGGAUUCUUCAUUUCGCUCAGCUCAGUAUGGUGAGUUGCAGCUGAUUUCGAAGCUGCCUGGUAGAGGAAGACAGUGGAUCUGUACAGCGUGUGGGGAGAGGGACAUCCUCUCCCCGACUCCCAGCCAGGACACCAUGGGCAGCGUCUGCAUGAGACUCUGGGCAUACCUGCAGCCUUUUCUCCCCUGCUGGUCCCAAGAAGCAGACAAGUCAGUGGUGAUUGAGAAUCCAGGGGCCUGCUGUCCUCCAGAGGCUCCCAGAUCACAGGAGCCCGAGAGAAGCCAUGGCCACUAUUUUGUGGCUCUGUUUGAUUACCAAGCCCGUACUGCGGAGGACCUGAGCUUCCGCGCAGGCGACAAACUCCAAGUCUUGGACACUUCUCACGAGGGCUGGUGGUUGGCCAGACACUUGGAGAAGAAAGGAGCUGACUUGGGUCAGCAGCUGCAGGGCUACAUUCCUUCCAAUUACGUGGCAGAGGACCGGAGUCUCCAGGCAGAGCCGUGGUUCUUUGGAGCAAUCAAAAGAGCAGAUGCAGAAAAGCAACUACUGUAUUCAGAAAACCAGACGGGCGCCUUCCUCAUCAGAGAGAGUGAAAGCCAGAAGGGAGACUUCUCCCUCUCAGUUUUGGAUGAAGGUGUUGUAAAACACUACAGAAUAAGAAGACUGGAUGAAGGUGGAUUUUUCCUAACCAGGAGGAAAACCUUUUCAACCUUGAAUGAGUUUGUGAGCUACUAUACCACAACAAGCGACGGCCUGUGUGUCAAGCUGGAGAAGCCAUGCUUAAAGGUACAGGUCCCAACUCCUUUUGAUUUGUCAUAUAAAACUGUGGACCAGUGGGAGAUAGAUCGCGACUCCAUACAGCUUCUGAAGCGACUGGGAUCCGGCCAAUUUGGAGAAGUUUGGGAAGGCCUGUGGAACAAUACCACUCCAGUAGCUGUGAAAACAUUAAAACCAGGUUCAAUGGAUCCAAAUGACUUCCUGAGGGAGGCACAGAUAAUGAAGAGCCUAAGACAUCCAAAGCUUAUCCAACUUUAUGCUGUUUGCACUUUAGAAGAUCCAAUUUAUAUUAUUACAGAGUUGAUGAGACAUGGAAGUCUGCAAGAAUAUCUCCAAAAUGAUGGUGGGUCAAAAAUCCAUCUGACUCAACAGGUAGACAUGGCGGCACAGGUGGCUUCUGGAAUGGCCUAUCUGGAAUCCCAAAACUAUAUCCACAGAGAUCUGGCUGCGAGAAACGUCCUUGUUGGCGAACAUAAUAUCUACAAAGUAGCAGACUUUGGACUUGCAAGAGUUUUUAAGGUGGAUAAUGAAGACAUCUAUGAAUCUAAACACGAAAUAAAGCUGCCAGUGAAGUGGACUGCGCCUGAAGCCAUCCGGACUAAUAAAUUCAGCAUUAAGUCCGACGUGUGGUCUUUUGGAAUCCUUCUCUAUGAAAUCAUUACUUAUGGCAAAAUGCCUUACAGUGGUAUGACAGGUGCUCAAGUAAUUCAGAUGUUGAGUCAAAACUACAGACUACCGCAACCAUCUAACUGUCCAGAGCAAUUCUACAGCAUCAUGCUGGAAUGCUGGAAUGCAGAGCCCAAGCAACGACCAACAUUUGAGAUCCUUCAUAGGAAACUUGAAGACUACUUUGAAACAGACUCUUCAUAUACAGAUACAAAUAGUUUCAUAAAAUGAACAGCAAAGAAAAAGAAGAAAAAUAAUAAAGAUGUGAAAAAAAAUUGGAAUCAUCAGUCCAGAAAUAGUCUUAUCAACCAACUGUGAAAUCGGUUUAUUUUGACAUAUUCAGGUGGUAGGAUGAACUCAGCCAUGCAUUAUACAUAAAAAAGAUUAUGUGUGUUUUAUUGACUAGAAAACACUGCAGGACAGUAUAAGAUGAUAUGUCUUUUUUUUUUCUUCCCUCACUGCCUGGUAAAAUCAAACACAUUAAAUGAAGUUAUUUUUUCUUUUAAGAAUUACUCACAUUUCUAUUUAUUGUUUAAAAUGCCGAUCAAAAGAAUCAACAGAUGAUAGUUUUUACUCAGUAACUGUUGUAGCAUUUUCCUGUUUACUGAUUAGAGUGGUUAUUCAUUAUUCCUCAAAUUGCUGAAUCCCAUCAGGCUGUUAUUAUGAAGGAAUUUGAUUGCUUUGCCGCACAGCAGGACCUGUGCUUUGAGAUUUUUUUCCCCUCUUUUAAAAUAUCCUGUAACUACAAUGAUGGCAAAGCCAUGUUAAACGACUUGAUUGUACUUGAAGUAAUUGCACAUAUUUUUCCUAUGCAUAAGAAAAUGAAGCAGCUGUUGAGAAAAAGAAUUAAAAUCUUUCUCAUUUUGUAGAAGGAAAUGAUGGAGGAUUUUCUAUACCUCAGUAUGUGUCAUCAGAGAGUCAUCUGCAUUAGUUUUAAUCUCUUAAUGUCGGGGAUCAGGUUGCAAAGCUGAUGAAUUGCUCUGUAUGGGAAUAUAAGGGAACCACCACAUUGCCCACCAGGUCUGAGAAAUAGAUGUUAAAGUGGUUUAGGGAAGCUGGAGGAUUGUUGCAGCUUUCUAAGUAAUAAUAAAAAAGUUGCUUUGGCACACAGGCCAGUUUUAAAUUAGCUGCAAAACAGGCCAAACCCUGCUUCAGCUCUUGAGGUUAGCAAUAAUGUUUGAACCUCAUUAUGAACUGUAGCUUUUGUCUGUUAAGACAGGAAGCUUUUCAGUAUCUUAAUUUUUCUGCCUCUUUGGAUGGCUAGCAAGACUUCUCCAAAGUGAUUUCCAAAUCAGAUAUGCAUAGUCUAAGGUCCUCUAACACAUAGCAUUGAAUGAACAUUCCAAAAGGAAACAGCUAUAUUAAGUUUAUCUUUCAUCCUUCUUUAAGAGAGAAUACCUAGAUGGUCACAAAAAUCCUCUGGCAAUAAAAAAAAAAAAAAAAAAAAAAAAAAAGUCAGUUCUUUCAACUAGGAAGUGAGAGGCAAAGCCCCAGGAACUAACCAUGAGCGCUUUGGUGAUGUCACUGUCCUAGUUGCGUUUUUGUUUGCUUUGGUAAAAAUCCUGACAAAAAGCAACUUAGCAGAGACAGAAUAUAUUUUAACUUUUUAAAUUCCAGGUCAGUCCGUCACAUCAGCAAGUUACAGUGACAAGAGUUUGAAGCCAGCUGAUUACAUCACAUCUACAGUCUAAGAGGACAGAGAAAUAAGCACAUGCCUGCAAGGUUUGCUUGCCUACUUACUUGGGUCAAUUUCUACACUCUUAAAAAGUUUGGGACCCCUUUGCCUAGGGAAUAGUAUGUCACAGAAUAGGCUGGAUCUUCCGAGAUUAUCUUAGUUAAGACAGUUUUCUACAGACAUGACCAUAGUCCAUUCCAAUGUAGACAAUCCGUCAUUGCCACCCUCUUUACAGGUGAUUCUAGGUUGUGCCAAAUUGACAGUUAUAGCUAGCCAUCAGGCCAUUUUAAGACUCAAAUCUUAUCAAACUUUCCUAUCUACCACAAGCAUUGUUUGAGUUCUUGUGAUGACAAAUGUCCAUUAGUGGUAAGCAAGGGUCCCUUUUCUCUUUAUUCAACAAGAGGAAAAUGGAAAACUUCAUUCUUAGACAUUAUACCAAGCUUAAUUAAAAAAAAAGUUUCCAUUUUUUUGGGGGGUGGGGUGGGAGAAGUGGCUGGCAAACACAGUCCCAUGCACUUUGGACAACAAUUAGUGCAGUAUGUUGAUUGACUAGAAGAAAGUCUGCAUUGAAGCUGGGGAUAUGAGCUUCCCCAAGAGCAGUUGAUUGUUCAAAUAAUAAUUAGAGAUUGGUUGCUGGGUAGGUGUCCAUUAGCAGCUCUAUUUAAGAUGAACUAACUGUUAGAAUUAACAGUUGAUUGAUGCACAUGUAUGCAUUCAUUUGUCUUAAACAUUUCUGAAGUCUUUAAUCUGGAUCAUGUGUAAAAACUAUAGGCACACUCAAGAAGUAAAAAAAAAAAAAACAUUCGUAAGAUAAGGUCAACAUUAAUAUGUUAAUCAGUUGACAGAGCAUAGGAUAACAUCAGUUAUUUAUUUCAAAUUAUCUGGUCUAAUGUAACCAAGGAGAAGAUUUUCAACAAUUAGUUGGUUUAAAAAAAACCAAAUAUAACUCCCAUUUCUGAGUUCAUUUCUUCAGGACAGAUUCUGCUUGGGCAUAUGUAAAGAUGAAUGGAAAUAUUCCCAUCUCAUUGUGAACAUUCAAAUGUUAUGUACUUUUAUGUGGUAGCUGAUAAUAAUAAAUUUGUAGUAAGAUUUGGUUUUGAAAUAUAAAA